AUGUGCAACUGUGAAGGUCCUCCACUCCGGCCGGGGAAGCCGCGACCACUGCCAUCAACCGAUCCACUGCCCAUAUAUCUUGACUACAAUGCCACUACCCCAUUGUGUGAUGAGGCUUGGGAGGCUAUGCUGCGCCUGCGCAGUGUGUGGGGUAACCCCAGUUCCUCACACCCGUACGGUAUGGCGGCAAAAUUUGCCCUGGAGGAGGCACGGAAAAAGGUUUCUGAUGCCAUACACGCUAAAAUGCCUGAGAAUAUCCUUUUUACCUCAGGUGGGACAGAGGCAAACAAUCUUGCCAUUAUUGGUGGGGCAUCAAAAGUUUACGAGCGGGACCCGGCACGUUGUUGUGUCAUUGCCACUGCUGUGGAGCACCCUGCCGUGGAGGAGGUGCUAAGUAUUUUGCAACAUCCAAAUCUGCCUAAAAUGGAGGAAGGUGGUUUUGUCGCAUAUCGUUUUCCUGUGGAGGAGAAAACUGGGUGUGUUGAUCCUCAUACAUGGCGCCAACUACUACUUCAGCUUCCAGGGGGACCCAGAAGUGUGGCGUUGGUUUCCGUUAUGCAUGCAAACAACGAGGUUGGAUCAGUCAAUCCAAUCGGUGAGCUUGUGCAGAUGGUAAAAGAGUUGUGUGGGGAAGAAGCCCUCUUUCACUCAGAUGCCGCUCAGUCUAUUGGAAAGGUUCCAGUAGAUGUAAAUUUGUUGCAGGUGGAUUUGUUGUCCAUCUGUUCUCACAAGUUCUACGGUCCCAAGGGGGUGGGUGCGCUGUAUGUGAAGGAGGGAGUUCAAUUGCAGAGGAUUCUAUUUGGUGCUGGCCAUGAACGCGGCCUUCGGCCGGGCACAGAAAAUGUGAUGCAGGUCACAGGGAUGGCAGAGGCACUUCAUCUUGCAUGUAGUAAUUUGUCAGAAAAUGCAUCUAAACUGCGAGAGACGCGCGAUGAACUACUUCAUGUCAUUGAAGAGGAGUUAGCAAAGGUUGGAAUGGAAUAUGUGGUGAAUGGCGAUAUCAGGUGCGCCCUCCCAAACACACUUAAUAUUGCGCUGUACAAGGAUGAUUAUGCAGGGCGCCGGACGUACAUAUCGGCACAAAGGCUUAUUCAUUCGGUCGGCGACAAAGUCUGUAUGUCUGCUGGAUCCGCAUGUCAUUCCUCAGCCGAAGAAGUUGAGGUUUCUGCCCCGCUGAAGGGUGUUGGUGUAGAUCUUCCGCGGGCUGUUGGUACGCUUCGCCUUUCGACAGGACGAGGGACAAGCAUGGAGGAGGUGCGACGGGCAGCCCGCAUUAUUGUGCGGCAGGCUGCACAACAAUUUGCCGAUAUCUAA